AUGAAUUGGAGUCCAACUAUCUAUCUAUCUAUCUAUCUAUCUAUCUAUCUAUCUAUCUAUUAUAUUAUAAUUCUAAUAUAUCUACCUGUUUUCAUCUCAUACAAAACUAUCUAUCGAUCUAUCUAUCUAUCUAUCUAUCUAUCUAUCUAUCUAUCUAUCUAUCUAUCUAACACAAUCUUUUCCAUCGGCUUACGGUCACAUCACAUUAAAGCACCGGUUCUAUCUAUCUAUCUAUCUAUCUAUCUAUCUAUCUAUCUAUGGGCAUUAUCUAUCUAUCUAUCUAUCUAUCUAUAUAUCUAUCUAUCUAUGUGCAUUAUCUAUCUAUGUGCAUUAUCUAUCUAUCUAUCUAUCUAUCUAUCUAUCUAUGUGCAUUAUCUAUCUAUCUAUCUAUCUAUCUAUCUAUGUGCAUUAUCUAUCUAUGCGCAUUAUCUAUCUAUCUAUCUAUCUAUCUAUCUAUCUAUCUAUGUUCAUUUUAUAUCUGUCUGUCAAUCUAUCUGA